AAUUAAGAUAGUAUAGAGUAAAUGAUGGUAAUAAAGAUGUAAAUCUUGGUUACUCAAAGUUGGCUUUGUGAGCACGUAGAAACAUUCCUCUGGUACGUAUUACUGUGCUUGUGGAUACAGAUCAGCACAGAUGGAAUUAAACAAAUAUGAAGAUGAUGUAUAUUAAGCGGUCAAGCAAAAGGCGAUCAAAAGGUUGUUUCAUUGACCAGUAGUUACUAUUUGUAUGUCCUGUUUCAUUAUGUAUAUUUUGUAAACCAGCAAAUGUAUUAGUACCAAAAUGAGAUCAGUAUUUGUUCAAAAUGACGAUGAUGUAAUCAGAUUAACUUACACUAUAGAUUCCAAAAAGAUUAAAUUACCGAGACGCCAACGAAGACUAAUACAUUAGUCAAGAAGAAACAACAACAAAGAAAAGGUUGGCAAUUACAAAUUGAUAAUUUGGUAACUUGAUCCCCAAGAACCACCGACCCACCCAUUGACCAAGUGACCCAAUAGCUGCUUUAUUGACUGUAAUAUCCUCUAUAUGUCAUUGCUAAUACCAGGCUACUAAUUACAAUUCUUGACUAAUCUUUGUUUGCUUUGUACAAUGGCCAAGAAGCUGGUGAAAUACGUUGUGGUGGAUGCCUUCACUGAUACAGCAUUUAAAGGGAACCCGGCUGCUGUAUGUGUGCUGGAGGAAGAGAAAGAUGAUAAAUGGCUACAAUCUGUUGCUGCGGAGUUCAAUGUCUCCCAAACUGCUUAUCUCACUUCGCUUAAUGAAGUGAAUGAGCCCACAAAAACAAAUCCCAGAUUUGGCCUUCGUUGGUUCACUCCAGUUAAUGAGGUAGAUCUAUGUGGACAUGCAACGCUUGGAGCUGCUCACUUUCUAUUUGCCAAUGGCCUGGUUAAAACUGAUAUUGUUGAGUUUUCAACAAGAUCAGGAAUUCUAACUGCCAAAAGAGUACCGGAAGCCAAAGCUUCGAAUUCUCAGGAUGAUGAGCCAACAGGUUACUCAAUUGAAUUGGAUUUUCCUGUCCUCCAAGUUGGCACGACCAAUUUUACCGAUAUUCCUACAAUUUCAAAAAGCUUGAAUGGAGCAUCCGCAGUUGAGAUCAAUGAGACAUCGAAGGGUGAUCUUUUUAUUUUGCUGACAUCAUGGGAGGCAGUGGUCGAAUGCCAACCUCAUAUUGAUCAAAUACAAAAUUUCCCCGGCAGAGGAAUGAUCAUAACUGGACCUGCCCCACAGGGUUCCGGCUUUGAUUUCUAUAGCCGUUUCUUCUGCCCAAAGUUGGGAAUCAAUGAGGAUCCUGUUUGUGGAAGUGCUCAUUGUGCCUUGACUCCUUAUUGGAGUAAAAAGCUUGGCAAAUGUGAGUUUGUUGCUUUACAGGCGUCACCUAGAGGAGGUGUCUUGAACCUGCGUCUAGAUGAGGAGAAGCAGAGGGUAUUUCUCAGAGGGAAAGCGGUGGCAGUCAUGGAAGGUUCUCUUCUAGUUUAAUGUAGCAGUUGACGUCCAUGAUCUUUAUUCAUCGCCACAAUCCCAAGACGUUAAUAAUGUGGCGGAAGUAUGUGUUCAACUGUCUAAAAUCUCUAAAUUGGUUUUUGGUAUGUAAUCCACUAUGACUUCUGGAGCAUUCUUCUGUUUUUGUAAGUUUCCAGUGUGUUUAAACAUCUGUUUCUAUGCUUUGCUUUCGUUAAUAAAAAUCUCCUGUUUAUGAACCAUCAUCUGAUCAGAGAGAUGGAAGCUCA